UGCAAUUUAAUUGAAAUACCAUAUGAUGAAGAUGUGGAUAUGGGUUUGUUGGAUAAUGGCCCAAUAUUUUACUAUGUACUAUUGGUCAUAGACUGUGCAACUAGAUAUAAAGAUUUCGUUUUUUUAACAUCAAAAAGUAGUGAAGAAGUCGCAGAAAUAUUUAAGAGUAUAUAUAAUAAUCCUGACAAUCCUCUUAACUAG